AUGUUGCCUUCAAGCUCCGGGAAUACUCCACUGUUUCUCAUUUCUUUUCUUUUUUUCUUUCUCUUCUUAAUUUCGACCUCUUCUUCUAUUCCAUUCUCUUUUUCUCUUUCUCGUUCUUUUAAUUUUUUCGUUCUUUUUCUUUUAAUUUUAUUCUUUUUCUUUCUCUCUUUCCUUCUUUAUUCAUCUAUUCAUUUAUUGUGUUACUUUUUGGGUUUUAUUAAAGUUUUCCUUCUUUUUUUUUUUCGUCAAACAGCUAAGAUAUUUUUUCUUUCCAUUUCAUUUUUCUUGGCGGUUGACCAGUACCAGAACUUCACUGCUGCUACUGCUUCUUCUAUGGUCAUUCUCACUGAUCUUUCUUUCUUUCUUUCUUUCUUUCUUUCUUUCUUUCUUUCUUUCUUUCUUUCUUUCUUUCUUUCUUUCUAUCUAUCUAUCUAUCUAUCUAUCUAUCUAUGUCUUUUUUUCAUCAUUACGUUUUUCCAUUCAUUUUUAUAUCCGGCUCUAUGUUUCCUUAUUCUCUAUCUGAUUUCCUUUCUUCUGGCAGUCUUUCUCUCUCUCUCUCUCUCUCUCUCUCUCUCUCUCUCUCUCUCUCUCUCUCUCUCUCUUAAUUUUUCGCCUAUUUUCUUCCGUCAUUCCCUCCACUUUCUUCUUCUUCUUCUUCUUCUUCUUCUUCUUCUUCUUCUUCUUCUUCUUCUUCUUCUCUCUUUCUCUCCCUCUCACCCUUUCUUUCGCCUUUUGACCUGCAUUUCUCUGUCCGUUUUUUGCUCAUUUCUUUGGCGCUCCGUCUUCUCUCACAUUGGCCAUUCCUCCUCCUUUCUCUGCCUCGAUUUCACUAUUUUUAAUAUUACCUUUUUCUUCUAUCCGGAUUUACCUAUAUUUUUCAUUUAUUUUUCUUUCCUUCUUCUUCUUCUUCUUCUUCUUCUUCUUCUUCUUCUUUCUCUCUCUUUCCCUUUCUCUCUCUCUCUUUCCUCUAUUCUUCAUUUCUUUCUACGUUUCUCUUCCCGCCUUUAUUUCUUAAUUUUUUGUAGUCUAUCAUAUUUGCUUCCUUCCCCCCUUUCUAAUCUCUCUUUCCGUUGUAUUCGUCAUUUUGUCUUCUUUUUAUGUCGAAAUAUAUUUCCCUCCUCUUGCUCUCUCCCCCUUCUCGCUCUCUUUCCCCACCCUCGCCAUCUUUUCCCCGCAAUGACCAUCAUUAACAACUACGUCAUCCUCUUUGCAUCAUUUUCGUCAUUCUUAUCAUUUCUUUCACCACAGUGA